AUGGAGCACCUCGGGGCUCACCACCUGCACCAAGGGCAAGCCGAGCCCAUCAGCUUCGGCAUCGACCAGAUCCUCAACACCUCGGAGCCGGGCAGCUGCAUGGUGUCGCACCCGCGGCUGCAGGACUCGGCGGACUACGGGCUGGGCUGCAUCGUGGGCAGCGCCUAUAACACGGUCACGGGUGGCUACGGGGCGAGCGGCGGCGCGGCCGGCGCCUACACCGGCACCUCCUGCAGCAUGGGCGGCCUGCCCGGCUCCUACAACGUGAACAUGGCGGUGAGCAUGAACGGCAACACCUUGAGCUCGGCCGGCGGGGUGAUCCGCGUCCCGGCCCAUCGCCCCGUGGCCGGCGGCGUCCACCAGCCCCUCUCCGCCGCCGUGCCGGCAGUGAACGGCAUGAACAGCCUCACGGGGCUCACCUUCCCCUGGAUGGAGAGCAACAGGCGGUACACAAAAGACAGGUUCACAGGUCACCCCUACCAGAACCGCACGCCCCCCAAGAAGAAGAAGCCGCGCACCUCCUUCACCCGCCUGCAGAUUUGCGAGCUGGAGAAGCGCUUCCACCGGCAGAAAUACCUGGCCUCGGCCGAGCGCGCUGCCCUGGCCAAGGCCCUCAAGAUGACCGACGCCCAGGUGAAGACCUGGUUCCAGAACCGGCGCACCAAGUGGAGGAGGCAGACGGCCGAGGAGCGGGAGGCCGAGCGGCAGCAAGCAAACCGCAUCCUCAUGCAGUUGCAGCAGGAGGCCUUCCAAAAAACCAUCAACCAGCCCAUCCAAGCCGACCCCAUCUGUGUCCACAACUCCUCUCUCUUCGCCCUCCAGAACCUCCAGCCUUGGUCUGAUGACUCCACCAAGAUCACCAGUGUCACCACUGUCGCCUCUGCUUGUGAAUAA